GUCAUAACAAAAGCUGAGGUACAGCAACAGAAGUAGCCAAGAAUCUCUCUGUACCUCCCACUCCCAACCAGCAACCACCACACGCACUCUCACAGCUUUGGUCAUGGAGGUCACCCCCAACCACACACAGACCGUCACCGGGUGGGCCGCCAUGGACGAGUCCGGCAAGAUCACGCCCUUCGUCUUCAAGAGAAGGGAGAACGGCGUCGACGACGUGACGAUCAAGGUGCAGUACUGCGGGAUGUGCCACACCGACCUGCACUUCAUCCACAACGACUGGGGGAUCACCAUGUACCCGGUGGUGCCGGGGCACGAGAUCACCGGCGUGGUGACCAAGGUGGGCACCAACGUGGCCGGGUUCAAGGUCGGCGACCGCGUCGGCGUCGGCUGCAUCGCCGCGUCGUGCCUGGACUGCGAGCACUGCCGGCGGUCGGAGGAGAACUACUGCGACAAGGUGGCGCUGACCUACAACGGCAUCUUCUGGGACGGCAGCGUCACCUACGGCGGCUACUCCAGCAUGCUGGUCGCGCACAAGCGGUUCGUGGUGCGGGUCCCGGACACCCUCCCGCUGGACGCGGCCGCGCCGCUCCUGUGCGCGGGCAUCACCGUGUACAGCCCCAUGAAGCAGCACGGCAUGCUGCAGGCGGCCGGCAGCCGGCUCGGCGUGGUCGGCCUCGGCGGGCUCGGCCACGUUGCCGUCAAGUUCGGCAAGGCGUUCGGCCUCAACGUCACCGUGAUCAGCACAUCUCCGGCCAAGGAACGCGAGGCCCGGGAGAGCCUCAAGGCCGACAACUUCGUCGUCAGCACCGACCAGAAGCAGAUGCAGGCUAUGACGAGGAGCCUUGACUACAUCAUCGACACCGUCGCGGCGACGCACUCGCUGGGUCCGAUCCUGGAGCUGCUCAAGGUCAACGGCAAGCUGGUGCUCGUCGGCGCGCCAGAGAAGCCCGUCGAGCUUCCUUCCUUCCCUCUCAUCUUCGGCAAGAGGACGGUGAGUGGGAGCAUGACCGGAGGCAUGAAGGAGACGCAGGAGAUGAUGGACGUCUGCGGGGAGCACAACAUCACCUGCGACAUCGAGCUGGUGUCCACGGACAGGAUCAACGAGGCGCUGGCCAGGCUGGCGCGCAACGACGUCCGCUACCGCUUCGUCAUCAGCGUUGGGGGCGACUCCAAGCUCUAGAUCGAUACAUGACGCACUACCUAUCACGCCUUCUCUUGCUGAGUAGUGACAGUGAGCAAUCGCAAUCUGUGUGAAGCAUUUUUAAGGAUUUCUUUAACUUAUUGGAGGCUCUUAAUGGCACGAGAUUUGUUUCAGCACAACAAAAGGUAACAAAAAAUACUUCGAGAUAUCGGUAUCUCGCAGCACCAAAUCGUUGGAUCUAAUAGUGCACAUCCUACUUAACUAGAUCCAACAGUGAGAAACAAUUUGGUACCUCGAGUUAUUUUUUGCUGGAUCGGAGCAAAUCUCUAAUGGGACAGUUAAAGUUCCUAUCAACCUGUAUCAUUAAUUGUGAAGUGUAACACCCUAUGUACGAUUUAUUAUUGCGAGAAAUGAUCGGAGGGCACGUGCUGUACCAACCGACGCAUUGUCGAUUCAUCGUCGAUUGCCUGGUUUGUUCUUGGGCUCUGUUUGAAUCUCUGAAAUGAGCACGGAAUCAGAUGCAAGUGCACACGCAAUGGAGCAAGAGGGCGGGGGUGCAGAGAAAUUAGAGGUGGAAGGGAGAAUCACACAGGGUACUUGAGAGAGGGGGGAAUACGUACGAGCAGAGAAGGUACAAGGAAAGCCGGAGGAGCAAGAGACAAGAAUUAGUUCACCUGUAUCUUCAAUAGUACC